UUAAAACAAGUGGAACCAUGGAACAGUGUUAAAGUGACGUUCAGCAUUCCACGUGAAGCUGCUGAGAAGUUGAUAAAGUUGGCUGCCAACAACAGUAAUGAACUUAGUGAACUUGGUGUUCUGUCUGUUCAAGUUGAAGGUAAAGAAUUGAUAAAGUUAUCAAUUGAUAUUGGAGAAGGAAAAACCCAGCAAGUUGUCAUUCACCAACAUACAGAUAAUUCAACUAAUUCAGUAUUACAAAAAGCCAACCAACUGUUAAAUACUCAAGUCCAUGGAGCAAUGGCACCACAACAACAACAUACAUCGCUAUCCGAGGUUCCCUCAAACCCCCCAAUCAAAAAACGAGCUCGAAAAUCAAAAGACAAACAAGCACCCAAGCAAAAAAGUGUAGCCAAAUCAGAUUUGGAAUACAGAUUUAACAAUCAAAACUAUUCACAAAAUUUUGUAUCUCUCAGUUCAGAAGAAUCUCCUAACACGGUUCAUCAGUUUCCACAGACAAAUCCGCAGCUAUCUCCGAGUGUUGAGCAGAUGGUUUCCGAAGCCUGGGACCAGAAAAUCCAACAUCAGCACAUGCACAGUCAAAGUGCUGAAGCGGACAUAAUGGACAUACAGUUACAGAGUUUAUUAUCAAGCUCAUCAACAAGUGGAAUUACUGCAGCAACAAACAUUACUCCACACAGUAUUCCUUCAUAUGGUCAUGCUUCCCACCAAUGCCGUACGGUUGUGAACCAAGAUAAUAGUUCUUUUUCUAAUUCAGCUGAAAUUAAUGUGGUUCAUCAGACAAACAACCAAAAUGCCGUAACGCAUAAGCAGCACAGUCUUCCUGCAAAUUUUGCUCAGAGUUCAAACCAUCAAACGUCAACAAAAAUGUUUUACCCACAGUCCUUAAUGCAACAAGGAAGUGGCAAUCACUUUAUGAGUGACCCGGGUCAAUUUAACCGUGCCUUGGUAACACCAGAGUUAGGUAAUAGUGAUCCUUCAAACAACUUGAGGUUUCAUACUACUGAUAGUUACGGUAGUAUGAUCCAUUCUAGUCAACACAUUCCUAUCAUCACAAGCACAUCAGGUAAUUGGUCACAAGGGACUGUGGUAAGUGCAACUGCUUCUUCCUAUAAAGUGCCUACUACAAAUACUGCAGAACAGCAUAUGCUUCAAUCACCAGGACCCAAUCACAGUUCCUUUCCUCUCACAAUAUCUAAUCAAUCAUCCAGUAAGAUUAUACCACAAAAUAUUUCUGUAGAGGAAAUGAAACAAGAAAAGGGUCAGAACCACCAAGGCAUGUCCAUGGCUAGUCCGCUCCUUGUCACCCUUUUGCAAACAGAAGCAUGUACCACUGGACUGAGUGCUAUUCAAACUUUGGCACACACAACAGUGGCUGGGGAAAAUCAAUCAAAACCGAAACGAAAGAAACCAAACCGAAAAAAGAAACCAAAGUCAUCUGCUCUUACUAUGCCAACUGGAUCAACAGUUCAAGCUGGCGGAGUGAUGCUUUCUCCUCCAGAAGAUCUUGCAAAUAUGUCUGGUGUUGAAGGACAUGCCAUUCCAUAUUUAAAUCAAAGAUUCAAUCAAUUUAAGGUUCAGGGUGCUGAACAUGCAAUGCACCAGAACAUGUCUUCUACUGUGAUGCAUAAUAUGGCAUCUAUCAGUAAACAGAAUUACCACGAUCCUAAAAUAUCAGUAAUUGAAACUAUAAGUAGGAGUGAUGUUGGUGCAAGAUCAAUGCCUUACUCAGGAAAUAUUACCAAUCCGCAUGAAGCAUCUCAGCGAAGUCAGGUAACUGGACAAAUUUUAUAUCAAAGACAAAACCCAGCCUCUAAUGCCUGGUACUCAGUCUUUUCCACAUAACUUUGAUGCUCCUAAAUUUCAACAAAAAUCAAUGCUAACUAUGAGUCCUCAACAACAAUCCCAGCAGCAACACCUAUACAACAUACACAUGAGUGGGAAUCAGUUUCCGCAAUACGAUUCUAGUAGUAAUCGUGUUGCCAUGCCACAACAACCGCAUUCAAUAAUGCAACAUCAUAUGCAUAUGGGGGGUACUAAGACACCCAACCAAUAUGGUGUAGGAAUAAAUGCUGGUAAUUUUGGAUUAUCCGAAGCUUCUCUGAUGCAGCAAAAUUUUGGAAUGCAGUAUACUGCAAACAAUGCACAGCACAUCUCAUUACAAAAUCAAUUGCAGCAACAACAAAUUAUGAAAAGUCAAGCCACACGCACAAAUCUAAAUACCAACAGCAAUGUAGGCUAUGACAAUGCUUAUCCUGUAAUUCCUCACCAUCCAGCACCUGUGAAAAAGCAUCAAACACUUCCAACUUUACCACAUGCCCCAAAUAUCCCAGCUGACCAACAUUACAUCCAAAGUUCUGCUAUAAAAAGUAUUAAGGUUUCAAGAAAUUCACAUUUUGGAUUCUUAUCUACAGGAGUUCUAUCUGUGGUCAUGAAAGGUUCAUGCAGCUUGCCUGAAACUAAUAACAAAUUGUCUUCAUUUCAUCUUCCCACAUUACCACAAGUUUCAAGCUCACAAGUAUGUGGACAACCUCUACGUUUAACAGUGCAACAAAAGUCACCUAUAUCUUUGGUUGACUCAGUUAUGUUUGGGAAUACAAGCCCAAAAAUGGGUCAUCACAACUCACUUUCUCCUCUUAUGAGAUCAUUGGGUUCCCCAUCAUCACUAUCUUCAUCACAUAGUAGUAGAAGCGGAACGCCUAUGUCCCGUUCACAGUCAACAACUCCUCGCAGCUUACCACUUGCCAAUACAAACAAAAUUCCUUCAAGUCAAACUUGUCGUUCAAUAGAACAAUAUUCUCAUUCCGUGGUUACCCAUCCACGCUUUUCAAAUGCUACAACUACACCAAUCAACAAAUCUCACUGUAGCUCUGUACCAACAGCCAACUUUUUUCACCAACCAUCUGCAUCAAGCUAUAACGAGUUUCAUCCAACUAAAAUCGAAGAUCAGCAGGAAGGUGCCCACCACAUGUCUAAUGUCUCUAAGCCUACGUACUGGAACCAACAUAGACAGAACCGCAAUGUUGUUUCAAGUGUUUCAUCUAACAUUUCCAUACAACCUACAGGUACAAUGAAACCAAACAAAUAUCAAACUCAAAUUAUCCAUGAUUCAUCACACCUUGGUGACCAAACAGUUAAUACAGGUGCUCAAAUUUUAACUCCAACAACCAACAUUGUAGCUUCCGAUCAUUUACCAACAUACCCCACCCUCCGACCUAAAGAAACUGCACCUGUCAUAACUACGGGCAACUUGCCCACUUCAGUCACUCCGACAAAUGUUAAAGAUGUUGUUACCUGUACAAGUGAACAGACAUAGUUGCAUCUAUGUUGCUGUUUCAAAUUGAGUGUAACAAGCUUUUUCUGUGCAUCACAUUUGUUAAUAUUUGGCUUACAUGUCUCAUUUGACUUUUCGGCUGAGAUCACGAUUCAUCAGUAAAUAAUAAACAAAAAUCCAGUUCUGUUUUA